GGAGGCGAAACUUCGUGCAGCGUUUCAAAAGGCCGACAAAGAUAAAUCUGGGAAAAUAAGUGUGCAAGAAAUGAUGGAAUUCUUAAAGGAACACAACCAUCCUGUGUCAAAGACAAAAGUGGAAAAGUGGUUGAAGAAACACGAUAAGAAUAAGAAUGGUGAACUGGACUACGAUGAAUUUUUAGCCUUUGUUUCGGACUCUAUAUG